CUCUCUUAAAGAAACAACCAGAGAAAAACUACUUUCCAAAAUCCACAUCCUCCCAUGGAGAAGCGACUCCGUUCCUCUCUCAAAUCCUCAGCCGAAGACUUCCUCUCCUCAGCCACCAAACUAAGCCUCAAAUCCUCAAAACCCACUCUCAAAACCCUAAUCCACAGCAUCAACCCCAACUCAGACUUCUCUUCCUCUCUCCCUCUCUCUCUCCACCGCUCCAUUUCUCGGUCCAUCCAAUCCGUCCAGAGCCUUGCUGACCCCUCAAACUCUAACCCUAACCCUUCGGAGUCCCCUCGCUCCCCUCCCACCAAGCGCCUUCGACGAUCGUCCCGCCAUUCCAAGACCCCCGUCGGGCUCGAUUCGGACAAUUAUGAGACCGAUCUCCGAAACGAGAAGAGGAAGCUUCUCCAAGGCCUUGAAAUUCUUGCUUAUAUCGGGAAUUUAUGCGUCUCGCACCCAAAAACGGCGUUCUCGCCGUCCGAUUUGUUGCCGGGCGCUCGCGCAUUGCACGAUAGCAUGAUUCUCUUCGAGGACUCGUCGGAGGACUCGGUGCUGUCAUCCGAGAUAGCGAGUUUGUGCGAGGAGUGGUGGAAGGGGGGUUUACCGGGGCGAGAGGCUCUGAUUUCUCAGUCUCUGCCCUUCUUGCUGUCCAGGUCACUGACUUUGAAGAAGAAGGUCGAUGUGCGUAGAGUGUAUGCACUGCGCGAGGCGUUUACGCUGUUUGAUUUCGAGGACGAGAGCAUCGAGGACUUGAAACUCCUGUUGAUCCGGUGCGUGAUCUCGCCAGUGUAUUUGAAAACUGAUGAGGGGAGGCGAUUCGUGGCGUUUGCGUUUGGGCUGAGCAAUCAGCUUGUGAAGGAAAUGUUGGCGAUGAUUCAGUCUCAAAUACCGUUCGGGCGGAAAUCGAUGUUGGACGUGUUCGGGGAUAUAUUGUUUCGGGCAUGGAAGGCUGUGGAAGCGGAUUCUAAGGAGGAGAUUGAGAAUGGGUUUUUGCAGGGUUUAAUUGAAGGAGCUAUACAUGCAAGUUCAGGAGCGUUUGCUGCCUCUAUUAGGAGGGUUUUGGGAGGGUUUGUAAGCCAGCGCACAACGGAGGGGGUCGAGAAGCUUCUUUUUCGGCUUGCUGAGCCUGUCAUAUUUCGGUCUCUACAGGUUGCAAAUUCUAAUGUUCGCGAAAAUGCAUUGCAUUUACUUUUAGACAUAUUCCCUCUUGAAGAUCCUGAUUCCACAAAAGAGGUGAAAGAUACGUUACUUGAUAAACAGUUCUUUUUGUUGGAGAGAUUACUCACAGAUGAUUGUCCAGAUAUAAGAGUAGUUGCGGUUGAAGGUUCUUGUCGCAUCCUUCAUCUGUUUUGGGAAAUUAUCCCUUCAGCAUCCAUUACAAAGAUAAUUACGAAAAUUUUUGAUGACAUGUCACGUGAUAUAUGCUAUGAGGUUAGGCUCUCCACAUUGAAGGGUAUCAUUUAUUUGCUUGGCAAUCCCCAAUCUCAUGAAAUUCUUAAAGUGCUUCUACCAAGAUUGGGGCAUCUGAUGCUGGAUAAUGUCUUCUCCAUACGAGUUGCUGUAAUUGAUCUCCUCCUUCUUUUAAGAGAUAUUAGGAAUUUUCAGUUUAAUAAGGUGGUGGGGUUGGAUGUCUUAUUAUCUACGCUUGCAAAUGAUCAACCUCUUGUUGCUCAAAAAAUAACAAAACUACUUAUACCAUCAUACUUUCCCUCAAAAGUAGCUGUUGAAGAGGCAUGCAAUCGCUGCAUUACACUGAUAUAUAGGUCUCCUAUGGCUGGAGCAAGGUUUUGUGAAUUUGCCGUAGAAGAAGGGGCAUCUCUUAAGUCUCUCAUGGAACUCAUCAGAGUACUCAUCAGCUUUGUCUUGUCACCAGAUAAACUAAAUGCAUAUCUGAUUGAGGGUUUGCUUGUUGCUAGUGCAUACCUCUGCAACAGCCUAGCAAGUGAGCCAUGUUACAGAAAUGCCCUCAAGGAGUUACUUGCUGGUGAAAAAGUGAAGUUCUUGUUUGCUGCAGCAUCUACUGCACGUGCUCAAUCUUCUGUACUCGAAAUUGUUUCCACCAUUUCUCCAGAUGAUGUAGCUGAGCUUUUUGAAGAAUGCAUGGCCCUAGUCACUAAUUGUAGUGGUAUAUCUGAUACUGUGGAAAGGCAAGCUGAAGUGAGGUCUGCCCACAAGUUGUUCCUGUCUUGUGAGGGAUUUGAUGACAUGUUUGAAGCUCUAACAGUGCGUUUGCAGAAAGCUGCCUAUCGUUGCCAUACAAAGUUUGGAACUGAAAGACCAAAGAACAGUGUUUUCUCUGGAAAAAGGAAGAAAUCUAAGUCCUCCAGCAAAAUUUCAGCUAAGUGGAAACAUGUCAAUGGAAAAAGACCUUCCAGUUUUGAGGAGGAUUAUUCCAUUUCUGUAGGAAUAUCCUGGCAAAUCACGGACUUGAUAAUGUCUGAGAACUCUCGUAAGGCUAUAUUGGAGUCUCAAACUUUAGAACCGUCAUUUCUUGCUUUAAAGAUCAUCUCCGAAGUCAGCAUUGUGCAGUGCAUGCAUUGUGAAUACAUGGACGUACAUCCCAUUCUGGCAUAUACAUGUCUUGCUCUGCAUAUGACUCUUCAAAAUGUUAGCAUAAAUAGUACAAAAGAUUGUGGUACUAAGGAGAAGAAUAGGUCUAAUUCCUCAAGAUCACUUCUGGAGCCGACAGUGUUGGAACAGACAGUGCAUCACAUGCUUAACUGUACAGAGAAGCUACUUGAAGCAGAUGACUUGUCCAGCAACUCUCCCUCAGAAUUUGAGCAGGCUAACCAUAAGACAGCCAGUCGUCGUGGACAACAAUUCAGAGAGCCUCAAGCAGACGCCUCUAGUCCAAGUACCAGUGGAUCUUUUUGUGCUGAACAAAGAGGAGUAUCAAUUAAAAUGAAGAUGCUUACCGCAAUUCUCAAGUUCAUCGUUGAUGCCUUUAUGGUGGGUUUUCUUUCUCACUAUUAUGGGCAGUCCUUAAAGUUCACGUCAGGAUAUGUGCAAUACAUCAUCUCCUUUCUUGGGCAACAAUCUCAUGACCAAUUUCAGUUCAAGGAGGAUGAUUUGAAAGAUAUAUUUCUGUGUCUGAAGAGCUCCUUCACCUAUGCAGCCAAGUUACUUAAUUUAGUUCACAGAGACGUUAGCGAAGCUUCACCACUUCCCCUAGAAGCUUUUGAUCUUGCCAACAAUUUGCUUGAUCUAAUCACCUCGAUUGAAUUAUACUUGGGUUCUGCUUAUGCUGCACGUCUUGUUACAAUAGCGAAGCCUUGGCUCCCUGAUUUGAUUCUGGCGUUAGGAUCUGGGCACAUACUGAAACCGGCUCAAGGAGAAGGGAAGCAUUUUCAUUCACUUGAUCGCAUUAAACUUCGUUUUCCAUCAUGGCUCUUGAUUUUAGCGAAGACCGAGCUUAGUGAAAUAAGUGAAGUUAGCCUGGAAGAGGAUGAUGACAGAGUUUCUGAAUCGAAGGAGUUUCCAAUGUUCAAGAAGCUUCUAGGAAUGACAGUUACCUUGUUGAAAGGAAAUCCCAACAUACUGGAUGCAGUUGGGGUGAUAUUCCUAACUGGCUCAGUAGUUGGGCUGGAAAGGAAGGACUUUGGGUUGGUACUGGGACUUGUACACUUUGUAUGCCUAAAGUUAUUUAGACAAGAUGAUAGAGAAUGGGGUAAUAUGUUGUUGGCUUCUCUUCAAGACUUCUACCCUCAAAUAGAGAGAGAAAUAGAAGAAGAAAAUGAGGAAGAUGAAAGGCAGAAAUUGCAUAGUGCAAAGGAGUUGCUUGAACCUGUUUGGAUGUAUCACAUUUAUGAAACAGGGAAGGUUUCUAUGAUGGAAGAAUAGACAUCUUUUUGUUACAAAUUUGAAUUCUAACUUCCUUGAGGAGAAUGUAUGUACUGACAUGG